UUUAAAAUUUCUUGUAAACCAUAUUUCCGUAAUGUAAAUAAGAAAGUCUUCUCUAAAAUAGGUGAUUUCGAGGGAUAAGAUAAAGAAAACAACGUGCCAACUUCAAGAUUUCAUAUUAAUAAUUACCAUUUUAAUUUUAUUUCUCUUUAAAAAUCCCUCAAAAUCCACUUGCUGAGAGGUUUAUUCCUUUAUUUUAUUUGGAAUCUACUGCUCUCCUUUAACUCUUUUCUUUUCCUUUUCUGGGUUAUUUCUUGAAUUUGAAAUCUUUGUUUGAUUCUACAUCAUCAAUUUCUCUGUGGUGACUUUUGUUUUAGGUUUUGAUCCGAGUACAUUUUAGGCGGCCAAUAAUGGAUGGCUUGAUUUUUUACUAUUUGCGAUUAAUCUGCAGUUGAACUGUGCAGUAAAAGUUGACAAACUGCUAUGAGAAUUCAUCUAUAAAGAAGAAGCGAUUACGUUGGUGGUGAAAGCAAAGAAUAAUGCAGUUCAUUUUCAAGAAAGCCCUCUUAUUUGUUUUGUUAUCCAUUGUAUUUUUUGGCUGUGUCUUGGCAGAAUCUGAAAAUGGAAAUUCGGAAAGGCUAAGAUCUGCUCCACAUAAAAAUGUAGGGAAUAAUGUAAUAGAUGGCACUGGUACAGAGAAUGCCGUUGAUUUUGAGAGCAAAAGUAGUGGACUGGGUGACAAGAAGGGAAAUUACAACAAAGUUUCAAUAUCGACAGUAGCUUUAUUUACAUUGGCCAUGGCUGCUGCCACUGGUUUAGGUGCUGUGCCUUUCUUUUUCGUAGAGCUGGAUCCUCAGUGGGCUGGAUUGUGCAAUGGAAUGGCUGCUGGGGUGAUGUUAGCUGCCAGCUUUGACCUCAUACAGGAAGGGCAGAGCCAUGGUGCUGGUAAUUGGGUCAUGAUUGGGAUUUUAUCUGGUGGCAUUUUCAUUUUGCUUUGCAAGAAGUUUCUUGAACAAUAUGGGGAAGUAAGUAUGCUGGACUUAAAAGGUGCUGAUGCAACUAAAGUUGUCCUUGUUAUUGGAAUUAUGACUCUUCAUUCAUUUGGGGAGGGCUCUGGCGUUGGAGUCUCUUUCGCUGGCUCAAAAGGUUUCUCUCAAGGGCUUUUGGUGACUUUGGCCAUUGCUGUGCACAACAUACCAGAGGGAUUAGCUGUGAGCAUGGUUCUUGCAUCAAGGGGUGUUUCUCCACAGAAUGCAAUGUUGUGGAGUGUAAUUACUUCUUUGCCUCAGCCCAUUGUUGCAGUUCCUUCAUUCAUUUGUGCUGAUGCAUUUAACAAAUUCCUGCCUUUUUGUACUGGUUUUGCUGCUGGGUGCAUGAUUUGGAUGGUUGUUGCUGAAGUGCUUCCUGAUGCUUUUAAGGAAGCUUCAUCUAGUCAAGUGGCAUCAUCAGCUACAAUUUCUGUAGCUUUUAUGGAAGCGUUAAGCACCGUGUUCCAGAGUUUCAGCCAUGACUACAACUCAGAGGAUGCUUCCGGCUUUUUUGUUUCAUUGCUUUUCGGACUCGGGCCAUUUCUUGGAGGAACCAUACUUGUUGCAUUUACGCUCGCCUUCCAUCUUAAACAUGCCCUUCUCAUGGGUGCAGCAGCUGGCAUUGCCUUUGUCCUAGGCGCCUGGCGACCAUUGCAACUCCUUGUGGCUUCAAAGAUGGGUUUUAUCCCGCUUCUAUUUUUGCUUGCGGUGGGAGCAGCAUUUGUCCAUGUUUUGAGCUCCAGUAUAUUGAGUCUCGCAGGUCGAAAAAGGACAUCAGCAAACAAUUUGCCAAUCAUAACCGGCUUCCCCAUGAGCGUUCACACUCUUCAAUCAUUCCUCUCAUGCGGAGCAGUUGCUUUUCAUGCAUUGGCCGAGGGGCUCGCAUUAGGAGUAGCUGCACCCAAAGCUUAUGGACUCGGUCGGCACAUGGUCCUUCCGGUCUCUUUGCAUGGACUUCCCCGCGGUGCUGCUGUUGCUAGCUGCAUCUACGGCGCAACUGACAGUUGGCAAAGUGCAGUAGCAGCAGCAGCUUUAAUCGGAUUUGUGGGCCCGAUAUCGGCUAUCGGAGCGAUUUUAGCUGGAAUAGAUUACAGUGGUCUAGAUCACAUAAUGGUGUUAGCAUGUGGGGGAUUGCUCCCAAGUUUUGGGAGGAUAAUAGGGAGAGCAGCAAGCUUAGAUUCAAGGAAAAGUGGGGUUGGAGUGGCAAUUGGGGUUGCGUUUGCUACUCUUUGUUUAACAUGUACUAAGUUGGUCUGCUUGCACACUCCUUACUGUAAUUCUGCCCCGGAGGCUGUCCGAUGAGACCACCUUAACUCAGUUUACAUGCAAUUGGGUCCUGUAAUAGACACACAGCAUGACUUUUUGAAAGGUAGAUUAUUCAGCACCCAAAAAGAAGUAGAUGAAUAUAGUGAAUCCUCCAUUUCUAUGUGAUUUAAUUAUAUAUACAAAUUCUUAAA